CUCGCAACCGCAACAUCAGCCCUCGCCGCGGCCACGGCCAGCGCCUCCGCCAGCAGCAGCCCCUCGGGGCCCUUCCACAUCGACGCCUCGCAGGGCGAGUGCCAGCUGCUGGGGCCCUUUGCGCUCGUCGUCCAGGCGGCGCUCGGCGGCCUGGCCAUGCUGUCGCUGGUCUACAAGCGGUGGAGGGAGCACCCGCGGCGGCCCGUCAAGGUCUGGUUCUUUGACGUCUCCAAGCAGGUCUUUGGCUCCGUCCUGGUCCACGUCUCCAACAUCUUCAUGUCCAUGUUGACCAGCGGCCGCUUCUCCAUCAAGGUCGAGCCCAGCGUCGUCGAGCGCCUCGUGGUGGCCAGAGGCGACGACUACGUGCCUAACCCGUGCUCCUUCUAUCUCUUGAACCUGGCCAUAGAUACAACCGUCGGCAUCCCCAUCCUCAUCGUCCUCCUGCGAAUCUUCAGCGCCCUGGCCUCCUUCACCCCGUUCGGCAAGCCCGCCGAGUCAAUCCGGUCGGGCUACUACGGCAACCCCCCCAACGCCUGGUGGUGGCUCAAGCAAUCCGUUAUAUACUUUGCCGGCCUCUUUGGCAUGAAGCUCUGCGUCCUCGUCAUCUUCAUCAUGAUGCCCUGGAUCUCGCAGGUCGGCGACUGGGCGCUUCGGUGGACCGAAGGCAACGAGAAGCUGCAGGUCGCCUUCGUCAUGAUGAUCUUCCCCCUCAUCAUGAACGCCCUGCAGUACUACAUCAUCGACUCCUUCAUCAAGGGCAAAGAGAUGGAUCACGAGCUGCUCCCGUCCGAGGACCAUGACGACGAUGACGACGACGACUAUGAGAGGAGGGGCGCGGGCUCGGGCAGCAUCAGCUCGGACCAGGACGAGACCCCCGUCAAAUUCAACGGACGCUCGCGCAACGGCGACGAAGAGUACGAUCCAGACGUCGACGGAGACGCUCCCACGAUUCACGGCGGCAGCUCCAGCCGACCCGGAUCCAAA